GGAUAUCGCUUAGUCUGAAGUCGGCGCCUCAACCCUCAACAGCCCAGUGAUCGCUAGGAAAUCGUAAAGCUGGCCGAGAUCUGCCGCCUCGUGUUGUGCUCUGUUCUGUGCUCCACUCACUGUGUUCUGUGCACCAAAAACGUCGCGCUGAUCGCCUUGAAUCGAGUGUGAAAUAUUGUCUCGAAGGAUAACAGAAAGAGUUCCCCCGUUUUAGUGUUUGUUCUUUUUGCGGGCUUUGGUGGGAAGUGAGUUCAUUCCAUUCAAUAUUUCGUAACGUAACCGAAAGUUGGCAAGAUGUCGGUCAGACUGAACGAGACGAACACUAUUGUGGACCGCAUGGUCAACUUUUUUGUGGAGCACGAGGAUCUGCGCACAAAGAGCUGGUUCCUUUCGAAUGCCCCCGGACCGCUGUUCACGAUCCUGGCCGCCUAUUUGUACUUCUGUCUGUAUGCCGGUCCUCGGUACAUGCGCGACCGUAAACCCUUCGAGCUGAAGAAUACGCUGCUGAUCUACAACGCCGUGCAGGUGCUGUUGAGUGUGCUGCUGUUCUACGAGGGCUACAAGGGCGGCUGGGGCGGACACUACAGCUACAAAUGCCAGCCCGUGCCCUAUUCCACAGACCCCAUCUCCAUGCGGAUGGCCGGAGCUGUGUGGCUUUACUACAUUGCCAAGAUCACCGAGCUGCUGGACACCGUGUUCUUUGUGCUGAGAAAGAAGCAGCGCCAGAUCUCAUUCCUGCAUCUCUACCAUCACUCGCUGAUGCCCGUGUGCGCCUUCAUUGGAGUGAAGUACUUUGCCGGCGGCCACGGCACUCUGCUGGGCUUCAUCAACUCCUUCAUCCACAUCAUCAUGUACGCCUACUACCUGUUGUCCGCGAUGGGUCCCAAGGUGCAGAAGUAUCUGUGGUGGAAGAAGUACAUCACCAUCCUGCAGAUUGUUCAAUUCUUGAUCAUCUUUGUGCACACGCUGCAGAUCCAGUUCCAGCCCAAUUGCAACUUCCCCAAGUCCAUUGCCGCCCUCUUGACAUUCAACGCUGGGCUCUUCACCUACAUGUUCAGCUCGUUCUAUGUGCACAACUAUAAGAAGGAGGCGGCUGCCCAGGCCAAGCUGACGGCGAAAAAGGAGUAGAUAGCACGAAGCUCCUCCAAUCUGUAUAUUUACAUUUAUCAUUUAUGGUCCACUCCCCUAACCUACCCUACCCUAUCCUACCUUAUCCUCCUCCCACUUCCCACUUCCCACUUGCCCCUUUUCCACUUUCGAAUCGAUGCUCCCUCCUAGUUAUACAUAGGUCAAGAUGGAUAUUAUACAGUCUCUGUAGUCUUUAGUUUGUAGCUUGUUUCGUAGUAUUUCGUUAGUUUGAGGAAAACGGCGCACAUGGAAUAUUCGAUCGAUGCACUAGGCCCUGAGGCACAAUGCAAUCCAAUGCAUUUGCUGCAUCGAGUACGAGUAUGUUUGCAUGUAGUGAGUGUUUCUAUAGAACCAAAUAUUAUAGUUUAGUUGUUUAGCUUUUAUUUUAUGGACUUUUAUGGCAUGCAUUGUUGGCCAAAGACAAGGACAGAGACAACAACUGGCAGCAGGCAAAUGGCAGAACUUCUUUCUGAACUUUUGCCUGUCCCGACAACACCCUGAUAUGACGGUGUCUGUCUCUCUCGCUCUUUGGCAUGCACAUUUUAUAAUGAAAUGUUAUUAUGUAUAUUUUAUUUGCAAACAAUAAAAAAAACCACAACGAUUUAAAUGUA